UGAAUCGAAACUCAAGCUCAAAUCCUUUUCCUGACCAAAACCCUUUGACCCUUUCAGCAGGACACAAUCUCCAGUUUGAAGCUUCUCUCUGUUUCUUCAAGGGAUUAAAACCACUGCAGUCAUGGCUUCCUCCAGCAGUCUCCUGAGUGAAGAUCAGCUCCAGUGCUCCAUCUGUCUGGAUGUGUUCACUGAUCCAGUCUCGACUCCAUGUGGACACAACUUCUGUACGAUCUGUCUCACAGAGUUCUGGGACAGCAGUUCACACUGUCGGUGUCCGGUGUGUAAGGAGGAAUUCCCUAAACGACCUCAACUACGUGUGAAUACAUUCAUCUCUGAACUUGCUGCUCCAUUUAAGAAGGCAGUUCAGGUGAAAUCCAGCAGCGCUGCAGAAAAACCCACACAAUCUGUGGUGCUCUGUGACACCUGCUGUGAAAAGAAAUGUCCAGCCAUGAAGUCCUGCCUGAUCUGUAUGGCCUCUUACUGCAAGACUCACCUGGAACCUCAUGAGAGAAUUUCUUCUUUUAUGAAGCACAAACUGAUGGAUCCUGUGGAGAACCUGGAGGACUACAUCUGCCUGAAGCAUGAGAGACCCCUGGAGCUGUUCUGUAGAGACGACCAGACAUGUGUGUGUCAGUUCUGUACUGAGGGAGAACACAGAACCCAUAACACUGUUCCUAUAGAGAAGGAGAGUGAAGAGAAGAAGACUGAGUUGGGAAAGACACAAGCAGAAGUUCAGCAGAUGAUCCAGGAGCGACUGAAGAAGAUCGAGGAAAUGAAACACUCUGUAAAACUCAAUAAAAAAAACACAGAGAAGGAGAAAGCAGACAGUGUGAAGGUCUUCAGGGCUCUGAUGUGCUGCAUUGAGAGAAGCCAGGCUGAGCUGCUUAUGGUGAUGGAGGAGAAGCAGAAAGCAGCAGAGAUGCAGGCUGAAGAGUUCAUUAAAGAGCUGGAGCAGGAAAUCACUGAGCUAAAGAGGAGAAACACUGAGCUGGAGCAGCUCUCACACACUGAGGAUCACCUCCACCUCCUACAUAUUUACCCGUCACUGUGCAGCCCUCCACACACCCAGGACUGGACUGACAUCACAAUUAACCCUCAUCUGAGUGAGGAGACUCUGAGGAGAGCUCUGUCUCAGCUUCAGGAAACUCUCAGUGAGGAAAUGGAGAAGGUUGAAGAGAUUAAACUGAAGAGAAUUCAGCAAUAUGCAGUGGAUGUGACUCUGGAUCCUGAUACAGCGAAUCCUUCUCUCAUCCUGUCUGAUGAUGGGAAACAAGUGAAACAUGGAAACAAGAGGCAGAAUCUCCCUGAUAACCUAGAGAGGUUUAAUGACUAUGUCUAUGUUUUGGGAAAGGAGGGAAUCUCCUCAGGGAGAUUUUACUAUGAGGUGCAGGUCAGAGGGAAGACUAAGUGGAUUUUAGGAGUGGCCAGAGAGUCCAUUAACAGGAAAGGGGAGAUUACAGCCAGACCUGAAGAUGGAUACUGGAGUGUGUGUCUGAGGAAUGAGACUGAAUAUAAGGCUUGUGAUUCUCCCUCUGUCCCCCUCUCCUUGAAACAGGCUCCUCAGAAGGUGGGGGUGUUUGUGGAUUAUGAGGAGGGUCUGAUCUCCUUCUAUGAUGUUGAUGCAAAAUCUCACAUCUACUCUUUCACUGGUCAGAAUUUCACUGAGAAACUUUAUCCAUUCUUCUGUCCCUGUCUCAGUGAUGGAGGUAAAAAUUCAGCACCACUGAUCAUCUGCCCUGUUCAUCAGAUCUCAUCUCUCAUCUCAUUAUCUGUAGCCGCUUUAUCCUUCUACAGGGUCGCAGGCAAGCUGGAGCCUAUCCCAGCUGACUACGGGCGAAAGGCGGGGUACACCCUGGACAAGUCGCCAGGUCAUCACAGGGCUGACACAUAGACACAGACAACCAUUCACACUCACACCUAUGGUCAAUUUAGAGUCACCAGUUAACCUAACCUGCAAGUCUUUGGACUGUGGGGGAAACCGGAGCACCCGGAGGAAAACCACGCGGACACGGGGAGAACAUGCAAACUCCACACAGAAAGGCCCUCGCCGGGGCUUGAACCCAGGACCUUCUUGCUGUGAGGCGACAGCGCUAACCACUACACCACCGUGCCGCCGUUCAUCAGAUCUAAUCUUUUAUUUUAUUUUAGUGUUCAUGCUGUCUUGCAUCAGAUGGAGUUGUUGCAAGCUUUAAAUGCUCUUACAUCUCAUUUUAAAUGGAAUAUAUUUUGCUGUCUUUUUCCUGUCAAAGUAUUAUGUUGGGCAUCAUGGCAGGAAAUUAAUUUUAUUUCUGAAAUCAUUCUAUUGCAUUUUUUUUAAUUAUCUCAUGGUUUAAGGGACACAGUCUUGAAAAUCAUGGCAGUGUUAAUCAUGGACACAAAGACAAAUCAUACCCAUACAUACAGUAUAAUAUGGAGUUAAUCUUUCUCAAAGGAUAUAGAAUGAAAAUAUGUUUUGACUUUUGAAAAAUGUUCACAGAAGCAUGAAUCAUUCUCUUAGCAUUAAUAAUUCUCUCUAAAUGCAGUAAUUGGCUGUUUGCUGUGGGCUAAAACGCUUCUGAACAUGUUCUUAUUGGAAAAUAAACUUCAGGGUGGUAACAGUGACUCCACUUCAUGAUAUCAGCACAACACCAAGUGUUUUAUUCCCUGCGUAGAUCAUUAAUGCAGAUAUAAUGCUUUAUGAUGUUUUUAAUUGAGAGAUGCAUUUUCAAUGUGAA